UAAAUGCUAUAAUAAUACAAAAAAAUAAACAAGAUUAAAUGAAUCUAUUAUAUAUAAAAUAAUUCUUUUACCUACCAAAUAAAUAAAAUUAAGAAGAAAAUAGAAGUAGAAAGAAGAAGAAGAAAAAAAAAAGAAAGCACUUUUCAUUAUACAAAUAAUAUUAUUGGUUGAGUCAUUUGCCAACUCAAGAAGAAGAAGAAGAAGCAGAAACAAGCCAAAGCUAUUGUAGUACAAAAUUUGAGGCACCCCAAAAACAAAAGAGAGAGAAAGAAGAAAGAAAGUCAGUAAAAGAGUCUGUUUUGUUUUGAAAUGUCUAGUGUUGUUCUUUGGGUACAUGUUAGUCCUAAAGAGAGUAUAAGCUCUGUGUUGAGCUUUGUUGGGAGCAAAAAUGGUGGAACAAAGAGGUCAAAAAUGUGGUGUAAUAAUAAUAAUAAUAAGUUGAGUUUGUCAAGUGGGGUUUGGGCUUACUCGGGCACAGUUGCGAAUCCAGCAAGGUCUUCAGAAGAGAAGGUGUAUGAAGUUGUGCUUAAACAAGCUGCUCUGGUUCGAGAGCAGAGGAAACCCAAAGAGAAAAAUUUGAACUUGAAUCCACCCACCAUUCAAACUGAUGGAACCACCAAUUGGGGUCUCUUGAAUGAAGCUUAUGAUCGUUGUGGUGAAGUCUGUGCUGAAUAUGCCAAGACUUUUUAUCUGGGCACAAUGCUUAUGACACCAGAAAGAAGGAAAGCUAUUUGGGCCAUUUAUGUGUGGUGUAGAAGGACUGAUGAGCUUGUGGAUGGGCCAAACGCUUCACACAUCACACCAAAGGCUCUUGACAGAUGGGAAAAUAGACUAAGUGAUCUCUUUGAAGGUCGGCCUUUUGAUAUGUAUGAUGCUGCUCUGUCUCAUACAGUCUCAAAAUACCCUGUUGAUAUUCAGCCCUUUAAGGACAUGAUAGAAGGAAUGAGAUUAGACUUGAGAAAAUCAAGAUACAACAACUUUGAUGAACUAUACCUUUAUUGUUACUAUGUUGCUGGAACUGUUGGGCUUAUGAGUGUUCCAGUUAUGGGAAUAGCACCAGAAUCAAAGGCUUCAACUGAGAGUGUUUACAAUGCUGCAUUGGCUCUUGGCAUAGCUAAUCAACUCACUAACAUACUUAGAGAUGUUGGAGAAGAUGCUAGAAGAGGAAGAGUGUAUCUCCCACAAGACGAAUUAGCGCGAGCAGGGUUAUCAGAUGAAGACAUUUUUCGGGGUAAAGUAACCGAUAAAUGGAGGAAUUUCAUGAAGGGGCAAAUAAAGAGAGCAAGAAUGUUCUUUGAUGAGGCUGAGAAGGGUGUUUGUGAGCUAAGCUCAGCUAGUAGAUGGCCUGUGUGGGCAUCAUUGUUGCUAUAUCGACAGAUAUUGGAUGCAAUUGAAGCCAAUGAUUAUGAUAACUUUACUAAACGUGCUUAUGUAGGAAAAGCAAAGAAACUUCUAUCUUUACCUUUGGCUUAUACCAAAGCAGUACUCAUUGGCCCUUCCUCCUCUUCAACAACAUUCUCCUAGUUCAAUUUGGUGUCUUGAUCAUGUUUUCAUUCAAGUCUCCAAAAUUUGUAAAUUUCUUCUUAUAAUACUGCAGAAAAAAAAAGUUGAAAAUGUACUCUAGGCUCAUAUAGUAUAGAUUCCAUCAAUGAAUACUUGCUCUCUUUCUUUUUCUCUCAUUUUAUAAAACACAUACACACAAAAUUGAGGGUCAA